AAAGCUGGAAAAGUACUGGUUCGAAAUUCUUUAGAGGAGAAAACACACUACGCUUCACGUUUGUCUGGAAUCUGAGAUCACUUGCUCAAAUCAAAGAAAACCCCUCAUUUUUAAUUGAUUUUAGAUCUCGUUCCUGCUACUACUACUGAAUUCAUACUCCUCUGUCUCUAAUUUAUAAUAUUUCUGGGCUUGUUUUCUCUGCUUUCACGGCUCACAUUGCAUCUGGGGUUUUGAUUUCAGUUACAGGGAUUUUUUUGAUUUGAAGUUCUUCCCAAGUGAUUGAAGGUGGUUAUCUGCUAUUAUUGGGUAUAUAAUUUGAAAUUGGUGGUUAAUUGUGACAUCCUAUCUAGAGUUUCUUUUUAAUUUAUAUUCUAGAUUAGGUUAUUAUUGCUAAAAUUGGCAGUUACAAUCAUUAUUAGAAAACAUCAUUUUUGGAGCAAAAACAAGGAAGGUUGGGAUCUAUUGAUGGUUGAUUUAGUGUAGAGAAGAUACUAGAUUGUAGAAAUGGCUUCAUCCGGGCCCACAUCGAAUUACCCACGAGGGCUGUCGUCCAUAGUAAUCAGAGUUGGGGUACUGGUUGUUUUCUUUAUUUUGCCUUCUUGGAUCUUGUUGUCAUACCCAGUUGGGACUGUUGUUCGGAGCUACUUUUAUGGGAUCGAUCAGACGAGUGGUCUGGAUUUGUCAGUGUCAUUGGGAAUUGUUAAUGGGAGUGAAUUUCGCGAUGAGGAUAAGGCAAAUGUUAGUGGUAUAGAUAUGCCGAAGUAUGAUAAUACAACUGGAAAUGAUCAAAAUGAAAAUGGUCAAAAUGAAAAUGCUGAAAGUAGCCAAAAUGAAAGUGUUGAAGGAGGGAAAAGUGGAAAUGGUGAAGGUGGCCAGAAACAGGAGCCUUCCGUGUCUUCUGGUAGUGAUACAAUGCCGAGGGAACAAGCCACGAAGAACCCUAUACCAAUGGAUGAAGGAGAUUUGACUAAAGAUGAAUUGAACAAUGCUGCCUCAGCUGAAUUGUCUGCAUCAGAGACUACACUUGGCAACACUCACAGCAAAGCUUCGGUUGAUUCAGAGUGUGAUUUGUAUCAUGGCGAAUGGUUCUAUGAUUCCGCUGGACCAUUGUACACAAACAAUUCAUGCCCUGUUAUCACUCAAUUGCAAAAUUGUCAAGGCAAUGGGAGGGCUGACAAGGAAUAUGAGAGCUGGAGAUGGAAGCCAGCUCAGUGUGAACUUCCAAGGUUUAACGCAACCAAAUUUCUGGAGUUGAUGAGCGGAAAGACUCUGGCUUUUGUUGGCGAUUCAGUUGCAAGAAACCAGAUGGAAUCUCUUAUGUGCUUAUUGUGGCAGGUUGAAGCUCCCAAAAACCGAGGGAACAAACAUAUGCAUCGCUGGUUUUUCAAAUCAAAGUCGGUUAUGAUAGUUCGGAUUUGGUCCUCAUGGCUUGUCCAUCAAACAUCAGAACCUUUUGGCGAGGUUCCAGAGGGAGUUGUCAAGCUGCACCUUGAUGUCCCAGAUGAAGUUUUCAUGCAAGACAUCCCGAAAUUUGAUGUCGUUGUCCUUUCUUCUGGUCAUUGGUUCGCGAAGCAAUCGGUCUACAUGCUAAAUAAUCAGAUAGUAGGAACCCAGUUGUGGUCCCCACCAAAAAAGCAGCAGCAGCCAAUGAAGAUAACUAACGUUGAAGCAUUCGGAAUUUCUGUUGAGACAAGCUUGACUGCCAUGGCUACACACCCUAAAUUUACCGGACUUACCAUUCUCCGGGCUUAUUCGCCUGAUCAUUACGAGGGUGGUGCAUGGAAUACUGGUGGAUCAUGUACUGGAAAAGAGAGACCUAUUUUGCCUGGUCAGUUGUUGAAAAAUGAGUUUACUAAUACCAUGCAUGAGAAACAGGUGACUGGUUUUUACCAGGCUGUUAAAAAGCAGACAAACGGUUCGAAAAUGAAGUUUUUGGACAUCACCGAGCCUUUUUCAUAUCGACACGAUGGUCAUCCGGGUCCAUACCGGAACCCUGACCCGAAUAAAAUCACGAAGCGAGGCCUUGAUGGGAAGCCACCACCACAAGAUUGCCUCCAUUGGUGUAUGCCAGGACCAGUUGAUACAUGGAAUGAGCUUAUGCUUGAGGUUAUAAGGCGAGAGUUCGAGGGUAACCAAAACUCUUCCGUUUAACUGACAGCGGUAUAUGCUUCAAUAGCUAGGUAGCCUCUGAUACUUUGCACUUUCUCAUUAUCACAACAAAUACUUGUAAAGUAUUAUUCAAUUACUGUUAUAGGAGAAAAGGCAGGGUUUGUUCUUUACCUUUUUAGGUCAUUUGGCAUAUUUACAUUGUAGAGGAAAUGUGUCUUGUUUGAGAAGGGUGAAUUUUAACGCGAAAUAGCAGAUAACUUGUUGAGUUUGUAACUUGGUUAUAUGGAUGUUGAACUCCAGAAAGCUUCUUGUAGGUUAUCCAGUUCUACACGAUAUAUUAAAAAAAUAAUUUCUUA